CUUAUGUUGGGCAUUAGUGCUUGAAGCUUAGUCUCAUUCUGCGGCAGGUUCUCGUGGGUAUUAAUAACUGGAAGUUGUGGAUCAGUGAACUGUCCUAGUUGUGCUGUUCUGUCCGCUUACUCGGCCAUGAUGUUGAGUUCUGUGUCCAAGGCAGCCACUGGUGUCCUCCGGGUUUUUAAACCCACAUCCGCCCUCGUCCAGCUGGAGACUACCAAAAUUCUUGGAGCCUUCACCGCCAACCGUUGCAAUUAUGCUUCAGCCAAGCCGGCAGCUGUCGCGAAAGGUGCCCAGGGAAAAGUCGUUGCUGUUAUUGGAGCCGUCGUUGAUGUCCAAUUUGAUGACGAGCUGCCACCGAUUCUAAAUGCUCUCGAAGUACAAGAUCGUUCUCCUAGGCUGGUUCUAGAGGUUGCCCAGCAUUUGGGGGAAAAUACAGUACGAACUAUAGCAAUGGAUGGUACUGAAGGUCUUGUUCGUGGACAAAAUGUCUUGGAUAGCGGCUACCCUAUUCGCAUCCCCGUGGGGGCCGAGACUCUAGGCCGAAUUAUUAAUGUUAUUGGUGAACCUAUUGACGAACGUGGACCCAUACCAACUGACAAACUUGCAGCUAUUCAUGCUGAUGCACCAGAGUUUGUUGAUAUGUCCGUAGAGCAGGAAAUUCUCGUGACCGGUAUCAAAGUCGUUGAUUUAUUGGCACCUUAUGCCAAGGGUGGAAAAAUUGGUCUGUUUGGUGGUGCUGGAGUCGGUAAGACAGUACUCAUCAUGGAGCUUAUCAACAAUGUUGCCAAAGCCCAUGGUGGCUACUCGGUCUUCGCUGGUGUUGGAGAACGAACACGUGAAGGCAAUGACCUAUAUCAGGAAAUGAUCGAGUCUGGUGUUAUUUCUCUUAAAGACAAAACGUCGAAGGUAUCACUUGUGUAUGGGCAGAUGAACGAGCCCCCGGGCGCUCGCGCCCGUGUUGCUCUCACAGGUCUUACAGUUGCUGAAUACUUUCGCGAUCAGGAAGGCCAGGACGUGCUGCUCUUCAUUGACAACAUUUUCAGGUUUACCCAAGCUGGUUCUGAGGUAUCGGCUUUACUAGGUCGUAUUCCAUCAGCUGUAGGUUAUCAGCCAACCUUGGCCACUGACAUGGGUACUAUGCAAGAAAGAAUUACGACAACAAAGAAAGGAUCCAUCACUUCAGUGCAGGCCAUCUACGUGCCGGCCGAUGAUUUGACAGAUCCAGCUCCUGCCACCACUUUUGCUCACUUAGACGCUACCACCGUCUUGUCUCGUGCUAUUGCUGAACUUGGUAUCUAUCCAGCUGUUGAUCCUCUCGACUCUACCUCCCGUAUUAUGGAUCCUAAUAUCAUUGGCACUGAGCAUUACAACAUAGCUCGUGGUGUACAAAAAAUACUGCAGGACUAUAAGUCGCUUCAGGAUAUUAUUGCCAUUUUAGGUAUGGAUGAAUUGUCUGAAGAAGACAAACUCACUGUCGCACGUGCUCGUAAAAUUCAGAGGUUCUUGUCCCAGCCAUUCCAAGUUGCUGAGGUAUUCACUGGUCACGCUGGAAAACUUGUACCUCUUCCAGAAACUAUUAAAGGAUUUCAGAAGAUCCUAGGGGGGGAGCUGGAUCAUUUGCCUGAAGUGGCUUUCUACAUGGUUGGUCCGAUAGAAGAAGUUGUAACUAAGGCUGAAUCCUUAGCCAAGUCAUAAAAUUAAAAUACUGUGAAUGUAAGCUUUUAUCAGGAAUUAGUUUUUGUAAUUUAAUUCAUUCUUUUAUUAAAUAUAUCAUCCAUUUUUCAUAGCAUUGAAAACUGCUAAAAUGUAUGUCCAUAGAUACUUGAUUUAUUACAUAAAAAGUCUGAAAAAUGGAUUCAUAAAUACAAAAAAUUAAAAAAAGAUACAGUAAACUAUCAAUUGUUAUUAAUGACUAGAACUAGAUUUUUUUGUUAUCAGUCAAUGAAGUAUUAGUAAGAAAUCAUCCUAUCUUAUAGUUGAUCCCCACUGUAUAAGCAUCCAAAACAUUGUGAAUUAUCAGUUUUGUCAGAAUUAUGUAAUCUGCAAAACGGUAUCGUAUCUUGAUUAAAAAUGUCUAAUAAAACUUUUUUUAAAACACAAA